AUGGGGUAUCUCACCAAGCACGGGAGAGAAACAGAAAAUGUCCCUGCGAACAUAGCGCUGCGAGUGGCGCGCAGCGUGCGGGCCGCGGUCUGCAACCGGCGCGCCAUCUCUGCGCCCAACGCGCCCUGCCCGCUGCGGCCCUGGGGACUGCGGGCGGGCGCCGUCCGGGCGCUGCGCACCGGCCCCGCUCUGCUGUCGGGUCGUAAAUUCACAGACAAACAUGAAUGGGUAACAACAGAAAACGGUGUUGGAACAGGGGGAAUCAGCAAUUUUGCACAGGAAGCUUUGGGAGAUGUUGUUUACUGUAGUCUGCCUGAAGUUGGGACAAAAUUGAUAAAACAAGAGGAAUUUGGUGCUUUGGAAAGUGUGAGAGCUGCUAGUGAACUCUAUUCUCUAUCAGGAGAAGUAACUGAAAUUAAUGAAGCUCUAACAGAAAAUCCAGGACUUGUCAACAAAUCUUGUUAUGAAGAUGGUUGGCUGAUCAAGAUGACACUCAGUAACCCUUCAGAACUAGAUGAACUAAUGAGUGAAGAAGCAUAUGAGAAAUACAUAAAAUCUAUUGAGGAGUGAAAAUGGAACCCCUAAAUAAACUAGUUUGAAACAACUUAAUUUAGCAUAGUUGUCUUAAAUUAGUGGUGGAUAGAUUUUUAAAAAGCAACUUUUAGCAAAAGAAACUACUUGAAACAAUGUUGCCUGAAGAAAAUACCCCUUAACUUCCUAAUGAUUUCAGAUAAACACUAUGCAUCUUUUUCACAACACCCUGUGAUUUUUAGGCUGGUCUCCAGUUAUAA